AUGAAUGGCCAGGGAUAUCUCGUCGACUUUCAAUUUCCCGCCAACCUGACCGCAACCAAACUCAAAGCCAAUAUUCCAUCCUUCAAGGGACUUGGAAAUGUCUGUAUAGAUGAUGUCGGAAACAUGUAUACAUUAAACAUAGACAAUGAAAACAUUGUAGUACAGUACUACACUAACAUUUUUCAAUGGAACUGCUUCCAAAAAUCCGGAAAUCGACAAGACCUCGAUUCGUCCAUUGUUCACAACCGUGUUUUACUUGAUCUCCUCCCAGAGGACCAUCUGUCACGUCUACUUCUGUUCGAUUUUCUUGGACAAUCUCUAUUUGCCUGGUAUGGACAAUGGCAACAAGAGGCUGAUCUUGAAGAAGCAAUCGAGAUGAUCUGUAUUGCCCUUGGCUGCUGUCCGGAAGAUUCUCCCGAUCGGUUCAGGAAGACCUUGAAGGGUCCAUCACACUCACCCAAGCUGUCUCCUAUUGAUGUGGAUAGAGACAUUUACAUGGAUGUUUACAAGCUCCUUGGUGACCUUUUUAAUAGACGAGCUCAUCCAGAGUAUGGUGUGCAUUUGACCGAGUAUGACAGGAAACUCCAAGAAGUUAUGGCUAUGCUAUGGGAUAGGGCUGUCUUCAAAGUUGUUCAUAAACUGAAUGAAAUUGGAAUCUCAAAAGGAUCGCGAAUCUGGUGGUGCCCGACUUCCGUGCUAUCCACGUUCGCGCUCCAUGCUGCGGUGCCAUAUGAUGACCAAUACGGCAACAGGAAAUAUUUACUCGACAAUUACAUUUCAUCUUACACUCCAACCCUCAAAUCACUCAUCAGCACUCGUCAGGGGACCAGGCGUGAUAACCCGAGGCUUCUUGUGAUCGGGGAUACAGGACUUGCGUCGACAAAAAAGGAAAUGGUUGCCAUACAGAGUCGUAAACCGAUCAGCAAACUUCUCAAGGACGGCAAGGCCUCCCGUAAGGCGGUAAUAAAGGCGCUUCAAGAAACGGAGUGGGUUCAUUUCGCUUGUCAUGGUCAUCUAGAUCCCGAACCGUUCAAUUCAUCGUUCAAACUUGCGAAUGGUAGCCUUACCCUGCUUGACAUCACUCGGACUUACCUACCGAACGCGAAAUUCGCCUUCCUUUCCGCUUGUCAUACAGCAGAACAGGGUCCUAUCGUUGGACACGAUGAAGUCCUCCAUCUGGCUGCAGCGAUGCAGUUCUACGGGUUCAGGAGUGUAAUUGGUACGAUGUGGGAGUUGCUCGAUACGGACGGCCCAAUUCUUGCCAGAGACAUCUAUACGUAG